AUGCAAAAAAAGGAAAUGCAGCGUAUAAGAAGGAAGGUUGUUUUAUCUCUAUUCUUCUUUUUUGAGUACCUUAUCGAUAUCAUCUUAUUUUGGGUCCCUUUUUACUAUUUGCUGAAGCUCCUGUUCUUCGUCUACCUGUACAUGCCCCAAGUGAGGGGUGCGGAAACUGUCUACAAUUAUAUCAUACGUCCCAUCCUGCUGAAGCAUGAGAAGACGAUAGACGAUACGGUGCAGAAGAUUAGCCAGAAGGCUACCAGCCACCUUACGCAGAUCACGGGAAACCUAACCGAGAAGCUCGUCCAUGACGGGAUUCGCCGGCGAAACAUCUGA